ACUUAUUUUCGCUAAGCUGGAGUCUCGCUGUGCUCAUGUGGCCGAGACCAGCCUCUCUGGAACGAAUCGCUCGGAUGGGCGCCUCGCCUCUGCAUUCAUUAUCCAACACAAACCCGUUUGAUUUAAGUCUCCUUCGCAGUUGAAUACCGAGGUGCAUCCCAGCAGCUCGACCCCUCCACAUUUCCACCGGCUCUGGGGAUAAAAGACCGCGGCGGAAUGGUGUUCCGUGCAAAGCGUCUCUCUCUGGCUCUGUGGCUCGCCUUUAGCUUGCUCUUAGCCGAGAGCCGAAGAGGAAAGCAGCCGAGAUGCCCGCAGGGAUGCACUUGCACCAAAGAUAAUGCGUUGUGUGAAAACCUCAGAUCCGUUCCUCACAGCUUCCCACCAGACGUCGUCUCCUUAUCAUUUGUGAAGUCUGGAUUCAGCCAAAUUGCAGCGGGAAGCUUCCUUCACACGCCGUCCCUUCAGCUCCUCUUGUUUACAGCAAACUCGUUUGAGUCUAUUGAUGAAGAUGCUUUCCAGGGACUACCACAUCUGGAAUAUCUGUUUAUUGAAAACAACAAAAUCGAGUCAGUAUCACCUCAGGCCUUCAGAGGUUUGAAAUCCCUGUUACAUCUGAGCCUUGCCUAUAAUAACCUUGAGACAUUACCCAAAGAUGUUUUCAAGGGUAUGGAUGCCUUAACAAAAGUGGAUCUUCGAGGAAACAUGUUCAACUGUGACUGUAAGCUGAAAUGGCUGAUCGAAUGGAUGUAUAAUACCAACGCAACAGUGGACCAAAUAUACUGCAGCGGGCCUCCACUUUAUCAGGGGAAGAAGAUCAAUGACCUGGUGCCACAGUCCUUUGACUGCAUAACGGCAGAGUUUGUUUCCAUCAAGACCCUCAAGUUUGAAUCCAUUUCCGUAGAGGCCUUCACCUUUGGGAAUGAUCAGUAUGCUGUGUUUGCUCAACCUUUUGCUGGAACAUGCAGUUUCAUGGAAUGGGAUCAUGUCAACAUGGAGUUUAGAGCCUACGACAACAUAGAGAGCACUUCCACAGUGGUUUGCAAACCAAUGCUCAUUGACAACCAGCUCUUCGUCAUCGUCGCCCAGCUUUUUGGCGGCUCGCACAUCUAUAAGCGGGACAUCUUGGCCAACAAAUUCAUCAAGAUCCAGGACAUCGACAUUCUGAAAAUCCGGAAGCCUAAUGACGUUGAGACGUUCCAGGUAGACGGCGAGUCAUUCUUUGUCAUUGCCGACAGCUCUAAAGCAGGAUCCACCACUGUGUACAAGUGGAAUGGCAAUGGCUUCUACUCACAUCAGUCCCUGCACCCCUGGUAUCGGGACACGGAUGUCGAGUACCUGGAGAUUGGCGGCAAGUCUCACCUCAUAUUGUCCAGCAGCUCACAGCGGCCCGUUGUCUACCAGUGGAGCAAAGGCCACAAGCAGUUUGACCGGCAGACUGAUAUCCCUGACAUGGAAGACGUCUAUGCUGUCAAGCAUUUCAAGGCCAAUGGUGAGCUCUACAUCUGUCUGACCCAUUUCAUUGGUGACUCCAAGGUAAUGCGGUGGGACGGCGGCAUGUUUACUGAAGUGCAGACCAUACCCUCUCGAGGCUCCAUGGUUUUCCAGCCCAUUGCCAUUGGCAAAUGGCAGUAUGCCAUCCUAGGCAGUGACUACUCGCUCACCCAGGUCUACCAGUGGGACUCCAAAAAGGGCAACUUUGUAAAUUUCCAGGAGCUGAACAUCCAGGCACCGAGAGCUUUCUCCUUUGUGUCUAUUGACAACCGAGAAUUCCUGCUGGCCUCCAGCUUCAAAGGGAAGACUCAGAUUUAUGAGCACUUGAUGAUCGAUCUGAGUAAUUAAUGUGGGCCACAGAACGUGUUUUUGAUCGGCAGGACCAGAUAUUAAAACCAGUAUCCCCUCCCCCUGCCUCCAGUUGCUUCCCUUGAGUUUGAUUUGAAGUUCGUUAUCAUAUUACAGCACUUCAUUCUUCAUCACUUCCUGUAGCCCACAAUAUGGACAAAACGCUACUGUUGGACUAAUUAUACUGUGACAUAUGACAUAUCUUGCAAUAUAUAUUAAUUCUUUGGUGAAUCAAUAAUGGUUGAGGAUUGCUCCACGUUGUU